UUCCAACUUUCAACUCAUUAUUCUUUUCACCAAAAUCUCCAUACUCGCUUUCGAUUUCGCUCACUAUGGCCAUGACCAUUCGGAAUGUGGCACUUCUUGGUGCUACUGGUGCUUUAGGGGCACACAUUCGUGGUGCACUAACCCAGGCAGGCUUCGUGGUAACUGCCAUUCAACGCAAGGGUUCUACCAACCCCGUUCCCUCAGGGGUCAAGAGCAUUAAAGUCGAACUAUCCAACAAAGAUGAUUUGACGUCUGCUUUCAAAGGGCAGGAUGCCGUAGUCAGCGCUGUCCCAAAUCCUACUCUCGCAACAGAGAGUAUUAUGAUUGAUGCUGCCAUCGCGGCCGCUGUGAAACGGAUUAUUCCAUCGGAGUAUAGCACCAACUUCGAGACCCCGCUAUCACGACAGCUACCAAUAGUUAAAGAUAAGGCCCAAAUCCGCGAGUACUUGCAAUCUGCUAUUGCGAAUAACGGCACCUCCACAACCUGGUCCUCUGUGAAUAAUGGCCCAUUCUUCGAGAUGUGCUUAAAGCUAGGCGCAUUGGGUCCCAACAUCAAAGAGAAAAAGGCCAUCUUUCAUAAUGGUGGUGACCACUUGAUCGGAACCUCAACACUCCCUGAUAUUGCUGCGGCGGUAGUCAAGCUUCUUGACCCUGCACACCUGGAUGAAACUGCGAAUAAGUCGGUUUAUAUCCAUUCGGCCGCCAUUAGUGAGCGUCUUCUCACAAAGCUAGCAUCUGAGGUUACAGGUAUUGAUUUCGGUGAUGUGGAAAGCGGAAAGAUCCUGGAUCUUGAUAUAGAUCGCAUGGUUGCUGAAGCCGAGGAGAAGCUAGCAAAGGGCGAUAGAUCUGGUUGGUUUAGUUACUACUAUCAGAUGAUGUACGGAAAGGGCUACGGCGGUGAAGACUUCAAAAAGUUGUCUUGGAAUGAACGACUAGGGCUCAGGACUAUGGAUGAGGCAGAUAUAAAGGGACUGAUCCAGAGUAUCGCUCAAGAGCUCGGAGUUCCGGUAGCUUCGAAUACUAACACCUAGCCUGGUACUUAUUAGACACGCAAUAGAUAUGAUAGGUCUACGACUUAGACAUAUACAUGAAUUCAUUUGUGGUAAUUUGUGACCACCAUCAUCUUUCCGUGGUUAUGGAGCACUAUUUCGGAGGAGUUACCGCGAGCAACAUUGCUAGAUGCAAG